UUGGUGACGGUGACGUCACACAACGUUGUUGUGGCAAGGUAAUGUCAAUGUUACUUGAUGAAAAAAAUCUUGAAUAUAUAUAUUUGACACUCACAGAAAGAAAAACGUUGAAUGUUACCGUAUCGUUUGGCGUACGAUGGAGGUGGAUAGCGACUUGGAAGCCAAUUUUGUGCAGCAGUUUAGCUGUUUAGGUACCACAGACAAGGAGGUCCUGAUAUCCGAGUUCCAAAGAGUUCUUGAUAAUCAGCUGAAUCCGCAAGGAUGUGCUUUUUUUCUGGAUAUGAACAAUUGGAAUCUACAGGCAGCAAUCUGUUCGUACUAUGACUAUGACCAGCCGAAAGAUAAGCUUCCCAGUAUGUCUUUAGUACGCGACAUCACAAUAGGAGAAGGAGAGUCUGUGCCACCAAAUAUUAAAUUUGUAAAAACGUGGAGGAUUCAAAAUACAGGUAUAGCAUAG